AUUUCAACCGAAAUUGAAACAACACCUGGUUCGUCAGUUUUCAUAAAUGUUACCACAAAUGAAGGAUCCUACGUUGGUUUAAUGGGACUCGAUCGUAGUGCUUUACAAAAUGUUGAUAAAGAAGAAAUUUUAGAUCAAGAUUUUGUCACUGAACAAUUAAGAAGAGUGAAUUCUGUUAAGGGAUAUCCUAUCCCAAUGUAUGGUAUUACAGCAACUAUUAUAACUUUCUCCAAUGUAUUUCUAUCUAAUAGAGAAAAUGGAGCUGGAGGAGAUGAGGAUGCUGGAGGCGGUGGUGAAAAAGAACUCGUUCGAAAAUUUUUCCCAGAAAGUUGGUUGUAUAAGGAUUUUGAAAGAACUCCAGAGGGAGGCUUAAGUUUUAUGGAGAAAACACCAGACACUAUCACCACAUGGGCUUUAACUGCCUUCUCACUUCAUCCUGAAACAGGACUAUCUUUCACAAAGAACAUAACAGAUCUUAGAGUUUUUCAACAAUUCUUUGUUUCAUUUGAUUUACCAAGCUUGGUCAAAGAAGCAAUUAUAUGUCUCAAGAUGCUUUGACAAAUUUGACAAUUGAAAGUAAUAUUGAAGACCUUGAUAUUCUGGAACACAGUGAUGAUAUCUCUACAACUAAACAAAUAGUCUCAAAGCUUAUUCCGUCACAGAAAAGGGACAAAUUUACAUAUUUCCUGAAACCCCUCAAAAGAGGACAAUACAAUAUAACUGUCAAAGCUAUGUCGUCUAAAGCAAGUGACACCGUUCAAAAGACGCUUCUUGUCGAACCUCAAGGUAUACCUCAAGAAAUGUCAAAGUCAUAUUUGGUUCAUCUUCCCGAAGAAGGCUCCCUAGAAGACGAAAUCACGAUUGAUAUUCCCGAAAACGCUGUUCCGGGAUCUCAAAGAAUUGAACUCUCAGUAGUUGGAGAUAUAUUUCGACCUUUGAUGAUGAUUCUUCAAAAACUUGCUCGGGUUCCCUAUGGAAAUGGUGAAGACAAUAUGAAACUUAUUGUCUCUAAUUCCAUUGUUUUGAAGUAUUUAAAUGUUUUAAACUAUUCAGAUCCAAGUUUAGAAAUUAAAAUUCGUCAGAAUCUUGAACUUGGCUACCAGAAUCAGCUGUCUUUUAAGUAUUUGGAUGGUUCUUUUGGACUUUUUGAACGAAAAACUGAAAGAACUGGUGACAUUUGGCAAACUAUAUUUAGUUUGUGGGGAUUGCAAUUGGCACAAGAUUUUGUCUAUGUUCAGGAUAAGGUUAUGAACAGAGGUUUGGAUUAUCUACAAUCUAAACAACAAAAAAAUGGAUGCUAUAAAUCGGAGAAUAGUUUAGAAGACGAUGUAAAGUUGACAGCUUUUGGAUUGAUGGUAUUUCUAAUGGACGAAGAUUCAAGAACAAAAUACAAUGAAACGGUUUCUAAAGGUCUUGAGUACUUAAAUGAUAUUUGGAGUAAUUUGGAAUACACUCCAAUUUCUGUUAUGGCAGCCUAUGUUUUGUUUUUGGGAGAGCAUGAAAAGGCUGAAGAUUAUCUAAAAAUUUUAACUUCCAAAGCACAUUUGACAAAUGACCAAGAACAAUGGACAAAGUCGGAAACACUCCAAUCACAUCUUGAAACAACUACUGAAAGCUUGAUGAAGGUGUUUGAAUCUCAGGAAAUACCAGAACAAAACUUACUCCACAUAGCUAGAGGCUUGAUACUAUCGAAAAAUGAAGAAUCGUCGAUAAUUCACAUGGUAGCUCUAAAUACACUUAUAACCUUUGUGAAAAAGCUUCUCCUAAGCGAUACAAACCUCAAUAUAAGUUUUAAGGAUGAUCAAAAUAAAUCAGGAGACUUUCUACUAACCAAAGAAAAUUCAGAAGUUUUACAGAAGUUUGAGCUUACUUCAAGCUCUCGAAAUAUCAAACUAAAAAGCAAAGGUCAUGGUUUUGCACUUGUAGAUGUAAACUAUGUUUACAAUCUUUUACCACAAAAUCAAACUUCUUCAAUUUAUUCAACCAAUAUAUCACUUGAGUAUUAUUCAAAAGUAUUCAAUUAUUUGACGAUAUGUUCGAGUGUUCUUACAAAUGAUACUCAUAGUAAAUUUGUAAUAAUUGAUAUUAAUGUUCAAUCUGGUUAUGCAUUCACUGAGACGAGUUUUAAUGAAAUUGAAAAUCUUAACGAAGAUAUCAAGUCCAUUAAGUUCAGUAAUGCUCGAGAUAAAGCUGUGAUUUAUUAUGAAUAUGAUCCUAGUAAUGAACUAUGCGUUGAGUUAGAACUUCGGAGGUCUUAUAACGUUUUAAAUUCUAAACCUGGAUGGAUAAUGGUGUAUGGAGAACAAAGCAAAGAACAAGGGGCUAGCAACAGUUUCAAGUUCUAUGAUUCAUAAAACUAUGAGGAAAAUAGUAUUAAAACAUAAGUUAUUUAUAAGUCGCUCAAAAAAAAAUGAUAAAUUA